AUUAAAUUAAAUCACCGUGUUUGGUUUUAUGGAAGAAAAACAUCCAUUGUGUCUAAGAAAUUAAUAAUCUGGGGAUUCGACGCACAUCACAUGGGCGAGGAGGAGGAGGGACGUUCAUGCGCCCUCGGAAACACCACGCUCGACAUGUAGACGCAGUUUUUGGACUACUUCAACCCAAGUCAACUUUUUACCUUUUUGAAUCUUAUUAGAAGAUGACGCACUCUUACAGUCAGCGGUCCGUCGUUGUUCUGUCUCUCUUGGGGAUCCUAUCGGCCAUUAUGUCCGUUUUGUCGGUCAACCUGAUCUUCCAGCUGCAGCAACAACACACGGCCAUGAAGGAGUACAGCCCCUCGGUCGUACCGACUCACGUUCGGGCCUUUUUGCCUUCGGUGUCCACGGUGCUGUCGGCUUUGUCGCUCACGCUUAACCUGAGCUCGGUGGUGGUCUGUCUGCUCCAUGGCUACUUUUCCACCGAGGUGUGUCGAGGGGAAUUGGAUAAAGAAAGAGCAGACUGGUUCUUCUUGGACACCAGAGCCGAGCGACAUGUGGCCAUCGGGUUGUUCUGCAUCGGAGUUUCAGUCUAUUUAGCAGCUAUGUCCAUUUUUAUGCUGCUCAUAUUUGAGGCCGAGACGGGAAUCGCCAGCGCUUGCGUCCUGGCCUCCGGCAUCUUGAUCCUUCUAGUGGUGGUGAUCCACUUCCUCGUCAAGGUUUCGCGAGUGGCUAAACGCAACCGGGAAGACCGUCUCCAAACUCUUUUUCGCAACGAGCACAGAAGCAGCAGCAACAGUGCCGUGUCUUGGCCCUGCGAGCUAAAAAUCGGCGUGGACAAACUGCGAGUGCCCCGCAGAGAGUCGCACCUCCAGCAUCGAAUGUCGCUCACGCCUUCCGGCAGCCCCAGACACCAACCGCAGGAGGAAUACGGCCCAGUCGGAGUAGAAUCGCAAGGCCAUUCGAGCAACGUUGACGGCUACGGCGGCGGCUGUCCUCGCUCGCACCGGAGUUUAUCUUCAGACUCGGUUCUACUAAAAGCUAAACCCUGGAACGGCGUCAACAACGAGAUGAGGAGCGUCCUGGCGCGCAAGUCCGGCAUUUCGGCAAAAGACUCGACCUUGGUGUAAUGCGGAAGAGGAUUUCAUUACAUGUCAUAGCUUUAAUGAUUCCAGAGCACCUGGAAAUGAAGCUAAAAAUCCACUCUGAUGACUCCAUCAUUAAUCAACUGAUAAAUGAAUCCAGUUGCGAUCAUGUACUGUAUAUAAUUUGUAUUCUACAAUAAUGUAAUGAUUGACAACCUAGUGUGCUGUGAGAGGGUAUCAGAUGUGGCACAAUAAAUUAAAAAAAAACUGGACAGUAUACAACAAGGAGCCAUAUGUAUAGUUUGUCUUUUCUGUAUGAAAUAGAUUGAAACAAGUCAAAUAGUUUGACAUACUGUGAAAAGCAAACUUGUGAUGAGCUGUAUUGAGUUUGUUUACAAAGGAGAUGUGCCUU